GCUGCUGGUGAGGUUGCUAACGUGCAUUAUGGCGGACAAUGUGGAAGGCAAUAGUGGUAGUGCUGGUGGUGGCGAGGGAGGUGGCCCGUCCUUGGAGGAGGAGGAAGCGGCCGGGAUGGCCGGUUUUGGUGUCGGCGGGUUAGUGUUCAAUGUCUGUCUGUUGCUACUGGCUCUGCUCGGGGUGUACAGACUGUACCGGAGGAGGAGGGGCGGCACGGAGACUGAGUGCAAGGAGCCUGAACUGCCCAAGAUGAAGAAACGCGAUUUCAGCCUGGAGCAGCUGCGUGAGUACGACGGGCUCCAGAACCCGCGGCUUCUGCUCGCCGUCAACGGCAAAGUCUUCGAUGUGACCAAAGGAAAGAAAUUCUACGGACCCGAUGGUCCCUAUGGCAUAUUUGCUGGCCGAGAUGCCUCGAGAGGAUUGGCUACUUUCUGUCUUGAUAAAGAAGCUCUGAGGGAUGAAUUUGAUGAUCUGUCCGAUUUAAAUGCCGUACAAAUGGAAAGUGUUAGAGAAUGGGAGAUGCAGUUCAUGGAAAAAUAUGACUACAUUGGUCGGCUGCUGAAGCCAUGGGAUGAGCCAUCAGAAUAUACAGAUGAAGAAGAUGUUAAGGAGCAUUCGAAGCAGGACUAAAACUGUUUAGCAACCAAAGUGAGGGCCUUCCGUGCUGCAACCCAUUUUACUCAAAUUUCUGCAGCUUUUUCUUCACAAGCUACAAAUAAUUGAAUGCAAAAUAUAUUUUGUAAAAAGUGAUGAAUACCCUUGUGUGAAGAUUUUAAUUAAAAUGUCCAGUAUAUGCUGCCAACAUUAUUUUGCAGUUAUUGUAUAAGUCAGGUAUGGUUAUGUCCAUGUUAGCAAAAAAUGAAUACCCAGGAGUUGAUUUAUCUUGGGCCUUUUUGUUUGCCGGUAGAAGUGAGAUGGGCUUAAGCCAUCUGACAUCACUAAUAUUUAAAUAUUCUUUAAACUGGGUGUAAUAGAACGAGGCUUCUUCAUCUUGGGAUCCUUGUUUUGUGCAAUUUUUUUAUGUACAGCAACAUUACAAUCACCAGUGAUCUUGCUUUUACUGUAAAGCAGUGAGUAGUUUGCACUACUAACAGCUAGGGUUCAGAUUUGAAUUUUGAAUACUCUGCACAAUGCAGUUUUAAAGGCUUUUUUUCCUUUGUAAAACUGCAGUAAAUCAGUAUCUAGUAAUCAAAGGUAAGAGGGGUACUGCUAACUGUGCUGGCUCAGUUUCAAAAUUUUGUGUGGUUUAUUCCCACUGAAUGUUACGCAAUUAUACUUCUCUGCAAUGAUGUAACACUGAAGUCUAGUUCCCCUCCAUUUAUUAAAAUGUAGGUAAUAUUCAUUGUGCCUUAUUUUGAUUACUUUUCUACUUCAACUUGAGAUAUUGUGAAUCAGUUUCCCCAGACCGGAGCCAAUGCUGUAAUAGUGUUCAAAAAUGAAAAGCAACGAUUACCUGUAGACCUCUGUUUAUCAUUGCCUGUAGUAUGAGUUGCCAUUGGUACAGUGGGAGGAAGGGUCCAUUUGUGCUAAUGUGCAACUAGCAUAUCCACUGAUACUGCCAUGUUUAUGUAAUGAUUGUACAGUUUAGUGUUGUCAUAGUCUGAAACCCACAUUGCAUUUCCUUUCUUUCUUUGGAGUAGCUCUUCUAUUCUGUGGGAGAGGAGAGUACCUUUUGUUUAGCUUGUGUGGGAUAGGAAAAAAAAAUUGAGCUGAUAAGGCACUGUGAAUUUUGUAAAUAUGUGUGCAACUGUUUUGAUGAAAACUUACUACAACCAGAUAAAACUUACUUCAUGUAGAGUACAAAAUCUUGAACCGAAACUAUCGAUAAUGGUGGAUCAGAUGGAUAUUGCACAAUAAACAAUUGGUUAUUAA